AUGUUCCCUACUUUCGAUGUCCCUCCCCAACAUGCCGAGACGGUGGGAGCCCGCAAAGCCAGACGAGCAAAAGAAGGCGACCCCACUGCUAGACGCGCCUCGUCGGCCACGUCUCACUCUUCUGGGAGCAGCGUGCUCAACGUCAAGACCGAAAAGAGCGGCUGGGGAUGGGGUUCCAAGAAGAAGAAAGACAUCCAGGAGAUUUCGACACUCCCAUCUCUCAAGAAAUCGCCGCCUGCACAGGAGCUAGACAGAGUGCCAGAGCCAGAGCCAGAGCCAGAGCCUGAGCCUGAGCCUGAGCCAGUACCGGAGCCAAAAAUGCCAAUGCCAAUGCGAGAGCCAGAGCCCUCAAUUUCUCCAUCGUCCAUUUCGCCCUCGCAGGACUGGCAGGCAACGCUGGCGAUGCGACACCAAGAUACGCACAGGCGGCCAUCCCCACGAUCUUACCAAGAGCCCCAGUACCCAUUCCCUCCCCAGCAGCGCUCUACACCGCCGUUGAGAUCCUUGCCCACACCUCCACCCUCGGGCGCGCUGCCCCAACCCCCGCCUCCCCCAGGCCACGAACCACCCAGAUCACGAGGACACAGCGACGUCGACCGUACAAGGUCGCGCAUCUCACACGCCUCGUCGCUCAGCCCGUCGACGACGUCUGACCGCACUGCCUUUUCUUCCAGGAGCGUCUUUUCUAACUCCCCCUCGACCGCCUCGUCUGACCGGACUGGUUUCUCUGCCUCCAGUAGGAGCGUCAUCUCCAGCACGUCAGGCUACACGUCUGGUUCUGGAUCCGGGUACGACAGCGUCAUUUCCGAAGAGGACAGCCGCGUCAACUCCCGCUAUGCCAGCAACAAUCUACAGAGCAUGCAGAACCUGCAGCUCGAGCCUGUCGAGCGCGUCGAGUCGUCGCGGUCGGAGAGCAGCUUGAGUGAUCGCAGUGCCCGCGCUGCCCAGGGACCUUUUGCUCGUGCUCUGGCAAAGAUGGAAAGCGCUGGUGCGCGCAUCAUCACGGCGCGCCUGAGCGAGGAAUGGGACCGUCUGGCCGACGAUGAAAGCUACCAGGAAAUCAUGUUCGAGAAGCGUCUCUGGGCCAUGACGGCGUACCAGCGCCUGACGCAGAAUAAACACCUGCAGUCCCCUGCACACGAACUCCUCAGUGGCAGUCGCCCGGCCGAUCAGCGCAGGAUAUUGCACCUCCAUGGCUCGUUAGCCGACGGGUGGAUGCUUGCAACUCGCUACCCAGCAGCAACCGUCUACACGACAUCGUCAAACACAAGCUUCCAGUCGCCAUCAUCCCACCCAGCCCCACUAAACCACCACUCCCUCUACGUCCCCUCCUUGUCCACAGCCAUGCCCUUCCCAGACGGCUACUUUGACGCCAUUGUCUCGCGUUCCGUGUCCACCGUUCUCCGCAACGACGAGUGGGCCCGGUCCUUCUUCGACUGCAGACGCGUCCUCAAAUCAGGCGGCCAAAUCGAGAUCCUAUCCAUCGAUGCUCACCUGAGCAACGAAGGUCCCCGCCUCGCUUCCUGGGUAGACGAGAACAUUGUCUGCAAGCUAGAAGCCCACGGUAUGAGCAAACUGCCCUCCGACACGAUCCUCGACACGCUGGAAAUCGUCGGUCUGGAAAACAUUCGCCGCGCCAGGGUCGCGCUGCCUGCGUCCCUCAGCGCGCUGAAAGCGAGUGCGAGGUCCAACGCAGACGUGGUUGAUUCCAGCCGCAUGAUGGCUUUCCUCGGCCGCCACUUUUACCAGGACUUGUAUGGCAAGAUGAUGGCGAGUACGCCGCAGGGCGAUCGCGGCGACGAGUGGUUCUGGUUCCGCAAGGACAUACGCGACGAGUGCGAGCGCCUUCAGACGAAGAUGGUGCUUACCAUUGCGUGUGCCCAGAAGCCACUUGCCUCGAGUCAUGGCGAGAGUUAUCUCGACCUCUAG